AUAGAGUCGCGAGGCUGCUGUCCCCGCGGCAGGGAAGAAGCCGGAAGUCCAGCGGCUCCGGGUGUCGCGAUGGAGGAGACCGCGUACGAGUCGGUUCUCUGUGUCAAGCCGGAGGUUCACGUCUACCGCAUCCCGCCGCGGGCCACCAACCGGGGCUACAGGGCCGCGGAAUGGCAGCUGGACCAGCCAUCGUGGAGUGGCCGCCUUCGGAUCACUGCAAAAGGGCAGGUGGCCUACAUCAAGCUAGAGGACAGGACCUCAGGGGAGCUCUUCGCUCAGGCCCCAGUGGACCAGUUUCCUGGCACAGCUGUGGAGAGUGUGACAGAUUCCAGCAGGUACUUCGUUAUUCGCAUCGAAGAUGGAAACGGGCGACGGGCAUUUAUUGGAGUUGGCUUUGGGGACCGAGGCGAUGCCUUUGACUUCAAUGUUGCGUUACAGGAUCAUUUCAAGUGGGUGAAACAGCAGAGUGAAUUUGCAAAACAAGCCCAGAACCCAGACCAAGGCCCCAAAUUGGACCUGGGUUUCAAGGAAGGGCAGACUAUCAAGCUCAACAUUGCGAGCAUGAAGAAGAAGGAAGGAGCUGCGGGGACACCCCGACCCCGGCCCGCCAGCACAGGAGGACUGAGCCUGCUGCCUCCGCCCCCGGGGGGAAAAGCUCCCACCCUCAUCCCUCCCCCUGGAGAGCAGUUGUCUGUGGAGGGGACCCUCACCCAGUCAGGAGUUGCUUCCAGUUCAGGAGGUGCAGCUGUGUCCUGGCCGCAGUCCGUGCCUGCCCCCGCUGACAUCUGGGGGGACUUCACCAAGUCCACAGGGUCACCAUCUAGCCAGACUCAGCCAGGAACCGGCUGGGUCCAGUUCUGACUUGAGCACAUUCUUUUCUUCAUAUGACUUCUGGAAAGGAGCCACUUCAUCUUGGCCAAAUGAAAGAGGAUAAAACACUCCCUGCUGGCCUCUGUGUUUGGAGCAUGACUCUUCUCCAUGCCGAGCUC